AAAAUCUCCACCUUCCCUCUGUCUGUCUGUGCGCUCGUUUGUCUCUGUGUCCGAUGGCUCUCUUCUCCUCGGUCUCUGCAUCACCUGUGUCUUUGUCCGUACGACCGCAAGCUCACCGCCACCAACCAUGGAAACGGCGCUGCCUUUUCCAUCCCGUCGCCUCUACCACGCCAUCGGCGUCUCCCGAUUCGUCGCCGCUGCCUUCGCCGUCCGCCGCCUCGAACCCGAUCGGAGCCACCUUGUCUUCCGCGAGAGCACCGGACAAGAGCUUCCAGUACGCACCCCCUAUCCCCAAGAGCAGCUCCCUCUUCCGUUUCGUUCAGGCCGCUGAGUCGAACAUCGAAAAAGUAAUCUUUGACUUCCGCUUCUUGGCACUCUUGGCUGUUGGAGGUUCAUUGGCUGGUUCGAUUUUGUGCUUCCUAAAUGGUAGUGUUUACAUUAUUGAAGCAUAUAAAGUGUACUGGACAAGCUGCGUGAAAGGAAUUCACACUGGACAGAUGGUUCUUAAACUGGUUGAAGCCAUUGAUGUUUAUCUAGCCGGAACUGUCAUGCUAAUAUUUGGUAUGGGCUUGUAUGGAUUAUUUAUCAGUAAUGUAUCUCCUGAUGUACCAUCUUCUGUUGAUCGUGCUCUCAAGGGAUCUUCUUUGUUUGGGAUGUUUGCUCUAAAGGAGCGGCCUAAGUGGAUGAAAAUCUGUUCACUCGAUGAGCUGAAGACGAAAGUGGGACAUGUUAUAGUCAUGAUCCUUCUAGUGAAGAUGUUUGAGAGGAGCAAGAUGGUGACAAUAGCGACUGGCUUGGAUCUGCUAAGCUAUUCCGUCUGCAUUUUCCUGUCGUCCGCUUCGUUGUAUAUCCUCCAUAAUCUACACAAAUCAGAGUGACAAUGGCUCCAUUGAUUCCACUGCAGAGAGAAUGUAAUCCUAGUGAAUACACAUCUGAGAAAGAUGUACAUGUUGAACCAGCACCUUCUGUUAGUUUAUAAAAGAAAUACUAUCC